GAUCCCAUUUCUUCACUUACAUCUUUCUACGCAUUAACAUUCAUCACAGCACAUACACUCAAAUCCCACCAUAGAAAUGUCAAGCAGAAGGUCAUCAAGAUCUAGGCCUUCAGCGCCUUCAAUGAUCACCGACGAUCAAAUCAAUGAUCUUGUCUCCAAAUUGCAUCAGCUUCUUCCUGAAAUCCGCAAUCGCUGCUCCGACAAGGUAUCAGCAGCGAGGGUGUUGCAGGAGACAUGCAGCUAUAUUAAAAGCUUGCACAGAGAGGUUGACGACUUGAGUGAGCGUCUAUCAGAGUUGCUGGACAACACAGACUCCACACAAGCAUCCAUUAUCAGGAGUCUGCUAAUGCAAUAG